AGCUUACAAAAUAUAGCAGACUUCAAUUCCGAUAUUUAAGACUGACAUCAACGGUUUAUCCGCAAAAGACUGAUAUUACCAACCGUUGUAUUUUGAGGGCCAAGCAGUACCGAUCGAGAGAAGAGACCUGUUUAUAACUUCGGCUGAAACUACAGUCCUUGAGAUUGUCCAUUGAUUUGUUACCAAUUCAGCUGGAAGUUAUAUAUAUCCUACUUAAUAUUACCGAAGAAUGUUUAUAAUCAGUAGAAAUUUAGCAAUCGUCGGUUGUAGAAGCCUAUAUUGCGAAGUGUCUCGUGUAAAGCGAUAUGCUUCGACCAAGAGUUCGUUACCGCAUGUUGAUGAGCAGUCUAUAAAAAAGUCUGUGUUUAUUUCGCAAUCUACCGAUAUUUAUACCAACCUAGCCCUAGAAGAUUGGUUUUAUAAAAAUUAUGAUUUUACCAACCACCAUAUUUUACUCCUUUGGAGAAACGAUCCCUGUGUGGUGAUAGGACGCCAUCAAAACCCAUGGAUUGAAUCGAAUGCAGAAAAUAUUGAUGCAAAUGGAAUUACGUUAGCUCGUCGUAAUAGCGGCGGUGGCACGGUCUAUCACGAUAGUGGAAAUUUGAAUUUAUCAUUUUUCACCCCACGAGAACGUUAUAACAGAAAGUACAACUUAAAUAUUGUUACAAGAGCACUUUAUCGUGAGUGGGGACUGAAAUCAACCGUUAACAAUCGGGAUGAUAUUGUGGUUCAGGGAGAUUUCAAGGUAUCGGGAACUGCUGCUAAAUUGGGACGACCGAAUGCAUAUCAUCAUUGUACUGUGUUGGUUGGAGUAAACAAAUCUAUUUUGAACUUUGCUCUUGAAAGGAAAGAGUUGGGCAUAAGUACAAAUGCCACAGAAUCUUUACGAUCCCCAAUAAAGAACCUCAUCGACGUUAAUUCUCAGAUACGUUCGGAUGUGCUACUCAAUGCUAUCGGAUGGGAGUAUUUACGCACGAAAGCCCUAACGUUGGAAGACGGUGGCCAUGGUCUAGUGCAACAACAAAAGGGAUUCCAAAUGAUCAAUCCUACAGAAGAUUGGUUUCCUGGUAUCAACCAAUUGGCCAAUGUUUUUCGUUCUUGGAAUUGGACAUAUGGCAAAACUCCAAAAUUCACAGUGACCUAUAUCCUCGAUCUACCGAUGCAAAAUGGGGAAGUUCAUCAUGCAAACUUGAAUUUGGAAGUACAGAACGGAAUUAUCGAGGAGAUUAGAAUAACCUUACCAGAAGGCGUGGUGCCUGCAAAUUUUAACAAAGACGCAAGUGUAAUAACAAACCUUAAAGGCACCAAGUAUACUCCUGCGGCUACACGAGAUAUAUUGGCUGCCCUAGGAUGCAAGUCCGUACCUCUAAAUACCACUCAAAAACUAGGUAAAAGUAACGUUGCCGCUACUCAGUAAUUCUGCGUACUUUGUUGCGAUACCGGAUAUGAGCAAUUAAAUUAAUGGAUAUUUGUUCAGGAUUUGAUCCUGGCAAUAUUUACGAGAUAAGACAUUGUGUUCACAAACUGUAAUCGAUUUAUGUUAUUAUAUACACUGAAAUUAAUAGACUAUGAUUACUUUAA